CUAAAAGUAAAAGUCUAACUCUAAGUCUAACUGACUGUGCAAGUAUGUACCUCCUUCGCUGGUUUCAAUAGAGACGUCUCGUCGAAUCUCGGAAUAACCCCUAGUAAUAGUAUGGAAGACGGUUCAGACGAGAAUUCUCCGCCAGCAAAGCGCCGGUUUGUCGUACCUGUCCUUUCUCAACAAAACGCAAUUGGUACUGCUCAGGGGAAAAGAGGAACACUUCUGUUUGGCAGAGCGUCUGCUGCCGCAUCUACAUGUGAUACAAGCACGUCGUCUUCAGUAGGAACUGGAGCGCAUGGAAGAGCACACUUGGCUGCUCCAGCAGCUUCUGCUGUUCAAGGAAGACCUACACCCUCAACGUCGGCAACCUCUGUUUCAGCAAUAGGCACAAGCAAAGUCAGUCCAUCGGGAAGCACUACGCAAGUCACUCUAGUUACUAGUAGUGAUGAUGAUGCUGAUAAUGACGAAGAAGAGGUAUUGUCUGGCACAUCACCUAAGCCAGCCAAUAGCGCACGUGCAGCACCUGUCGGUAAAGCCAGUAGGGCAGACACCGCCGCGACUGCUGCCAUACCUAGGGUAGCAUCAGCGUCAUCUACGUCUGCAGUAGCUGGCACGAAAUCCGCAACGACGACGGUGACGUCUAGUGCUAGCCUGGAGGGAGCUGCUAAAGCAACAGUAUCCUCGGAGAAGCAGCAAGGCAAAGAGAGAGCCGUGCCUGCUGCUGUUGCUUCUGCUGCUGCUGCUCCUGCUGUAGUGAACAAGACCAAAUCAUCGCUAUCCAUCCUUGUCAAUCCUGUCCAGAAAGGCAACCCUAUUCUACCGUUAAUCCGUAACGUCCCGCAUGAAUUUGACGACUCUAUUAUACCUGACUACGUCAUCGGUGAAAGGGCAUGUGCUCUUUUUCUGAGUUUGCGAUAUCACCUGCUUCACCCGGAGUAUAUUUACGACCGUUUGAAAAGUCUGGGACGCAGAUACGAUCUGCGAGUAAUACUUGUCCAUGUGGAUGUGAAAGACUCUCAGUCAUGUCUCCAGCAGCUAACAUCCAUAUCGAUCCUUGCCGAGUGCACACUCAUCCUUGCAUGGUCGUAUGCGGAGGCAGCGCGGUAUCUGGAGACCUACAAGGCAUAUGAGAAGAAGCCGGCUGACUUGCUAAAGGAGCGUGUGGCGGGAGACUAUGCGUCUAAGCUUACAGAUUGCCUAACAACUCUUCGGUUCAUCAAUAAGGCCAAUGUAUCGACGCUGUCCUCAUCCUUCGGCUCACUGGAAAAGGUCAUCCAUGCCUCACCACAAGCGCUGGCGCUUUGUCCUGGUUUUGGUGCCAAUAAGGCAAAUCGUCUGCACAAGUUCUUCCGGCAGCCUUUCAUGACUGGACGUGGCCGUGGUCGUUAUUCAGCAGCAGCAGCGUCACGCGGUGCUGGUCGCCAGUCAGCGCAUGGUCGUGGAGGUGCAUCACGACCAUCUGCGUCAGCGUCGGCCACAACCGGUGGUGCUGUGACCGGUGGUAUGGACGACGACUAUGAUGAUGACGAUAAUGGAGAGCUUGCACCGGAGCUGGAGGCAUUGCUAGACGUUGUGGAUGUGUAUGAUGAGCUUGAUGGUCUUGAUGAUGACGACGACACUUGGGGUGCAUAGGCAAUUAUUGGUUGCUGGACUCAACAUGUAGUGGUGGACCCACUUUCCUCCUCUACUUUUUUUAAAACUUUAAACUAUUUUCUUCCUUAUAGGUGUUGCUGCAUAUUUGCUAUUGCAAGCUUCUGGACUAUCGCUGAUACGCUAGCCUUCUCAACCAUCACUGGGUGAUUUUCGUCGACAUUGCAGUUAGGUGAGGCAGGCCCUCUGUAUUGAUCCGUGAUGCAAUGCACUCAGCGUGUGUGUCAGUGCAAGCUGUACAACACUGCACGAGGCCCUCUGUAUUGAUCCGUGAUGCAAUGCACUCAGCGUGUGUGUCAGUGCAAGCUGUACAACACUGCACGCUGUUUGAACUGAUGUUGACUGGGACCUGAGAAUAGCACGCAGUCCACAACAAGGCAUAUUACAAGAAUACAGUAAAACUUGUCAAUGCAACCACUCUGAUACGGCGACCACCUGUCCUAGAGGACCACUACAACUAGUACCAUGGGUGUAGUUUCCAGUCAAAGAUCCUGGAUUAGGAGACCGCCUGUACACGGGAACCACAUUUCGAAGGUCCCUUGAGCGGUCGGCUUAGCUAGACAGGUUUCACUGUAUUGUGCUCCUCCACGGUCCAUACACUCAAUCAGUCAAUCAGGCCUGGGACCAAGAUUGUGUGACGUAUCGCUAGUGCCAAGAGUACAUUAUUAAUUUUUUAACGCUCCCUUGUGCAUGACUCGUGAAAUAUGUGUACAUAGACACAAGAACAUGCUUUCCUAGAUCCUAA